UUCGCGGGUAAUCUUUCAUGGAUGAAGUUUGUGAUGUGCCGAAUCAUUGUAAACAUUUCGGACUAAUCGAUGAUCACAUACACCAAAUCAAACCUUAUAUGAUUGAUUGUGGAACGGUUAAUCGAUAUGGCGACUGAAUUAGAAGAGAGAGACGCCAGUUCGCAGGAUUCAGGCCAGGGCACAGAUAUGACCAAGGAAAACACCAAGGUGCCUACAGCUCAGAAAAUGGAUACUGACUUUCUGAAGUUGUGUGAAGAGCUCGAGCUGUCAGAGGAUGUAAAGAAAAAGGCUCUGGUCCAGCUGAAGUGUCUGAUGAUGGGGAGCAGUCCUGGGGAGGGUCAGUCUUCUUAUUUUGACCUAUUCACAUGUGCCUUGUACAUGGCGAUGGUGGACUCGAGGAUGCCCUACGGUCCACUAGACCCCCAAUUGCAGUGCGGCUACCUUGACGGCAAUCCCAGCAUCACCCUCACCAACCUGCUACAACACACCAACCUCAACAUCACAGAGUUCUUCAGGAGGAUGCGAGUGUUGAAAGAGAGGGUAGUUGUCAGCGAGUCCGUCCGGCUACAUCUGCUUAGUCUGGAGAAAAACUACUGUAUCGUGUCCGCUCUCUUCCACACAUUUGAAAAGCUAUGCCGAUCUGUAUUUAGAGAAGACCCCAAAACAGAUGAGGAUUCUAACGAGGAAAAUGUAUAUUUCCGCGAGAAUGUGAUGCCACCAGUGCCUGAAUCUGAAGGAGUGUCAUUUAGGAAAAAGCUGUGUUGGACGAUCUUCUUACAUACAAAAAAUCACUUCCUCGUGGACAACCAGGAUCUGAAUCAUGCUGUGUUGUUGCUCAUGUGUUGUUUAGAGUUUGUCCUCCGAACAACGCCGUCGUUUCUGCUGAAUCCCCCAUAUGAUGUAAUACGCGCAUUGAAUAUGUUGUUGAAACUUGCUGAACAAGUCAAAACAAGCAUUGAAGAGGUGCAGCUUAUUCAGCAGAACUGCACCGAACCCUUCUUCCACGAACUGCCGCACAUCGAUGGAGACCUGGAUCUGGAGAGGCUGAUAGAACAGUAUGACGAGCGACAUAAAAAGGAAGGGGAUAUCAACGAGAUGCUUUUUCUCCGACAUGACAGUCACCUCAUACCCUCCGACCAUAACAGGAACAGAACCAGUCUGGAGCAGUCCUGUGUGUCGGGAUCUCCACAGAUGAUGACACCUGUCAGAGCUGCCAUGAACACUGUUCAGCAACUGAAGGCCAUUCUCAGCAAUCAGGCCAGUGAUCAGGCCAGUGACAAGCUCCUCUGUUACUUUAAGAACUGUGCAAUCGACCCAACUACCUCAAUCGCAGAAAGAGUGACGGAACUCGAGAGAGUGUUCACGUCCAAUUUCACGUCCAGUCAGAUGACCAUUGCGGAACAGCGUUUCACCAUGGUCAAGAGGUUGUACUACAGAGUGAUGGAGUCCAUGUUGGACAUGGAGCACGAGAGGUUGUCCACGAAUGACUUCAGCAAGCUUCUGUGUUCGGACAGUUUCCAUCGAUCUCUCCUUGCUGCCUCGGUGGAGAUAGUGCUGAUGACAUAUGGGCUUUCGUGCAAUCCCUCCCUCGGUGAGAUUGGUCGGGAAGACUCCCAGUUCUGCUUCCCGUGGGUGCUGAAUGUGUUCAAUCUCCAGGCCUUCGACUUCUUCAAAGUGCUGGAGAGCUACAUCCGAGCGGAACCCAAGCUCACCAGAGAAAUUAUCAAACACUUGCAGUGGGUUGAGACACAGAUCUUGGAGAGCAUUGCUUGGAAAGAGGGAUCAUCGUUAUUUAGUGCUAUCGAAAACUCGGACAUCAUGAUGACACAACCGCAGUCUCCGUCAACUUCGUCUCCAAACUCCCACAACACAAACACAGCUGCAGACAUGUAUCUUUCACCUAUGCAUCCACGGUCAGGUAUCAUUCCUCCAUCAGCAACAAAUGGCACCUUUCCUGUGAACUCCAGUCCUUCCUCCAGAGGAGCUGGGAAUCCGGGCGGUCAAGAUGGAGCGUCCGCUCCAGCACCAAGGCGAUCUCAGUCUCUCAACCUUUUCUUCAGCAAAGUUGGGAGGACAGGAUUUCACAAACUCCAGAAGUUGUGCACCAUGCUGGAAGUGACCAAGGAUGUGCAACAAAAGAUCUGGACAUGUUUUGAAUACUGCAUCACUAACAAGCCAGCACUGAUGAAAAACAGACACAUCGACCAGAUCAUGAUGUGUUCGCUGUACGGGAUCUGCAAGGUGGUUGAGAAGGAGAUCAAGUUCAAGGCGAUCGUCCACAUGUACAGGAACUUAGCAAAUGUGGAUCAAUCGGUGUACAAGAGUGCCUUCAUACAUGGGAGUGAGUUCGACUCUAUCAUCGGAUUCUACAACAAAGUUUUCAUGCAGAAUAUGAAGACCUACAUUCUUCAGUUCUCAGUCAACAGGCCCAUGGCUCCGACACUAUCUCCAGUUCCAAAGCAGAUGAUGUCACCCCGCACUGCCUCCCAGCAUUACAGUAUUCAGGGCAGGAAGAGGUUCUAUGUGUCACCGCUGAAGGAGUCGCCAUUCAAGUUGCCACCCUCACCGAGUCAGCUGACACCAAGGAGCAGUCUGCUAUACAGUUUCGGGGAAGGUCUUGGAUCGUCCGAGAAGCUGAGGAACAUCACAGAGAGUCUCUCCGCAUACAAGCGACAGUCAGCGCCAAGAAGUCUGAAGCGCCUCCGCUUUGAUCAGGUCUCAGCCGACGAUGAACAGUGUGUCCCUGAAACUUGCCCUAAAGUUGUGAAGAGAAUCGCCAUGGAUGUCUCUCCUCACAAGUCUCCAGCCCACAAUUAG